UGGUGCAGAAGUGCAAUGAUUGAACUACUUCUGUGCGGUUCAGCCAUCUCUAGCUAUUCAUUAAAUCUGAUCCCAGGAAUGGAUGCAAAGGAGAGAAGGUUUAGUUGGCUUGGAAGGCUUGAAGUUUGUAAGGACUGCAGCCAUGUUGCCCGAGAUAUGGGCGGACAUCUUCUUCAUUUUAGAGAAGCAAGACAUGUAAACUGGAUCCGGUCCCAGGCAUAUAGGGAACCGAAGAAAAGAGCACUGUGGUUAAAAAUCUGGUAUUCUACUAUACAGCAAUUGGAGCUGGAGAACCCCUGGGCUCUGGCGUUUGACGAAUCUGAGGAAGAUGAUGAACUUGAACUUGAACUAAACAGGGAAAUAUUGGUCUGAACUUCUGAACGUAAUGAAUGCAGAUAUAUUAAUUCUUGAGAUCAAAUGGAUCAUUUUAAUUAGAUAUCCAUGGUCAAAAUAUA